CAACAAAUUGUUUCGACCCACUUGUCCAGUAUCUCUCCCGCGCGAGACCCAAUUUUAGUGUUACAACAUCUUUUCUUUUGGGCAUCUUUUCAAUUCCUUCGAUUCGAAGUAAACUAUUUUUUUUUCUGUCUUCUUCAUCUCCCUUCCAUUAACCGAUCUCAUACAAAAAGCGGGCAAAUAUGGCGGGCAGGUUCGGAUCGCAAUCGUCUAGGGUCACCGCCAUGAUUGUCACCAGCACACCAUCCACAGAUCUCGCCUUGACUAAUCUUGCUUACUGCUCGGCCUCCGAUCUUCACAACUUCGCCGUCCCUGGCUCCAAACUCUUCCUCGUUGACGUCAGCGAUGCCUUUGUUCUUUCCGUCUCUCCUCAUGAAAGCAUACGCAAUGGAUAUAUUGCCCUAAACGUUAUCCAUCGUCGGAUUGCAAAAGUUUCUAAUGGUGAUACUGUAUCAGUGAGCAGGUUUAUUCCUCCUGAAAGUUUUAACCUGGCAUUGCUUAGGGUCGAGUUGGAAUUUGUGAAGAAGGGUACUAAACAUGAACAGGUUGAUGCGGUUCUUCUGGCUAACCAGCUUAGAAAGAGGUUUGUGAAUCAGGUUAUGACAAUUGGGCAAAAGGUUACAUUUGAGUAUCAUGGUAAUAACUAUAUUUUCACAAUCAAUCAAGCUCAGCUAGAGGGGCAAGAAACUUCUAAUGGUCCUGAAAGGGGGAUGAUUUCCAGUGAUACCUACUUUAUCUUUGAAGCACAAAAUUCAAGCGGAAUAAAGAUCGUCAAUCAACGUGAAGCUGCCAGUAGUAAUAUCUUUAGGCACAAAGAGUUUAAUCUACAAUCACUGGGUAUUGGUGGCUUAAGUGCAGAGUUUGCUGAUAUAUUUCGACGAGCUUUUGCCUCUCGUGUUUUUCCUCCUCAUGUGACUAACAAGUUGGGGAUUAAGCAUGUAAAGGGCAUGCUACUUUAUGGACCUCCUGGUACUGGCAAAACUCUCAUGGCUCGUCAAAUUGGAAAGAUGUUGAAUGGAAAGGAACCAAAGAUUGUUAAUGGCCCUGAAGUCCUGAGCAAAUUUGUUGGUGAAACUGAGAAGAAUGUUAGGGACCUGUUCGCAGAUGCUGAGAAUGAUCAAAGGACUCGUGGUGACGACAGUGAUUUGCAUGUUAUAAUUUUUGAUGAAAUUGAUGCUAUUUGUAAGUCAAGAGGCUCAACUAGAGAUGGUACUGGAGUUCAUGACAGCAUUGUGAACCAGCUGCUUACCAAGAUAGAUGGCGUGGAGUCUCUAAAUAAUGUUUUGCUUAUUGGAAUGACCAACAGAAAGGAUUUGCUUGAUGAAGCCCUUCUGAGGCCAGGACGUUUGGAGGUUCAAGUUGAGAUAAGUCUUCCAGAUGAAAACGGUCGUUUGCAAAUUCUUCAAAUCCACACAAACAAGAUGAAAGAGAAUUCUUUUCUUGCUCCUGACGUUAACCUUCAAGAGCUUGCUGCUCGUACAAAGAAUUACAGUGGAGCAGAGCUUGAAGGUGUUGUGAAAAGUGCAGUGUCUUUUGCUUUGAAUAGACAAGUAAGUAUGGAUGAUCUUACCAAGCCAGUGGAUGAAGAGAACAUUAAAGUUACAAUGGAUGAUUUUCUCAAUGCGCUCCUAGAAAUCAUUCCUGCAUUUGGAGCCUCAACUGAUGACCUUGAGCGAUGCAGACUUAAUGGCAUGGUGGAUUGUGGUGGUCGGCAUAAGCAUAUUUAUCAGAGAGCCAUGCUACUGGUAGAGCAGGUCAAAGUAAGCAAAGGAAGUCCUCUUGUUAGUUGUCUUCUAGAAGGGUCAAGUGGAAGUGGCAAAACAGCAUUGGCAGCUACCAUUGGCAUUGACAGUGAUUUCCCAUAUGUCAAGAUAGUCUCGGCCGAAUCGAUGAUUGGCCUUCAUGAGAGUACAAAAUGUGCACAGAUUGUCAAGGUAUUUGAGGAUGCUUACAAGUCUCCCUUGAGCAUCAUUAUCCUUGAUGACAUAGAAAGGCUACUGGAGUAUGUUGCUAUUGGGCCCCGUUUUUCAAAUUUAAUUUCUCAGACAUUGUUGGUCCUUCUCAAACGUCUUCCUCCUAAGGGGAAAAAACUUCUGGUUAUAGGGACAACUAGUGAGGUGGGCUUCUUAGAUUCAGUUGGCAUUUGUGAUGCUUUCUCUAUCACCUACCAUCUUCCUACUUUGAAGGCAGAUGAUGCAAAGAAGGUGUUGGAACAGCUGAAUGUAUUUGCUGAAGAAGAUGUCAGUGCAGCUGCAGAGGCCCUGAAUGAUAUGCCUAUCAAGAAGCUUUAUAUGUUGAUUGAGAUGGCCGCUCAGGGAGAGCAAGGUGGAGCAGCAGAAGCAAUCUUCUCUGGCAGAGAGAAGAUUAAGAUUUCUCACUUUUAUGAUUGUCUCCAGGAUGUUGUCCGGUACUAGUUUGGUCCUGCAAUCUGGUGUUAGAUUUGUCAUAUUGUUGUGUAUUGAAUUUUCACUUUCCCACUCGGCUUCUCCCUCCCUCUUCUUUCGUUUCCUUUUUCGCGUUACGAUUUUUAGACAUUGGAUGAAAGUUAUGGGCAAUUUUUUUUUUUUUUUUUGGAGAGUGUUCUCGACUUUGUGGCAAUUCCAUUUCUGCCCUUGGUAAUUUCUUAUUCAAUUAUGUAAAUCGCACUAGAAAAGGUCUACUUAGUAAUUUUGUUUUUCAAUUUUAAGCAUAUAAAUGAGACCUUAAUUGUCAUA